AAUUACCACUCCACAUAUAACAACUCAAUAUAUAACAGGGGCAUUGAACGGUCGUGAGCUGUGGCAGGAAGCUCCAGCCCCGCCGCUGGUUUGCACUUCACCAGUACAGCUCUGAGCAUUUGGGUUUCCUGUCCUCUGGACUCCGUUGUGUCCCCUCCACCUUCUGCGUGUCCUUCUGCCAUGGAGGAUGAGGAUGGCUACAUGGCCUUGGACAGGCGAUGCAAGCGGGGUGCUGCGGAGAGGCUGGGACCCCUCCGGGACGCAGCUCCCGCCGUGUGCCCACGGUGGCACGGAGUCGUUCUGAAGCUGAGCGGGCUGGGCUGCCUGGUGCUGGUGGUGCUGGUGGUGGUGCUCAGUGUGCAGGUUUUUCAGAAGGCACCGACACCUCUGCAGAACAAGAGCGAGGCCAGGGGAAGGAGCAGGACAGAGGAGUGCGCGAUUUCCUCCCUGCAGCGCUACUUCUGCCGCUGGAACGGCUCCGCAGGCCAUGGGGGCUGCAAGCUGUGCCCCCUGUCUUGGCAGCUUUUUGGGGACCAGUGCUACCAGGUUUCCAAAUCAACUGGGAAUUGGAUGGACGGCAAAAAAGACUGCGAAAGUCGGGGGUCCCAUCUGGCCGUGCUCCGAAACACCACCGAUAUGGAGCACUUACGUGAGGGGAUCCAGCAGGACAGCAAGGAGAAGCUAACGGUGUGGAUUGGAUUAAAGGCAUCCAGUAACACAUGGAAAUGGGUGGACAACUCCUCCUUCGAUGCCACCAUGUUCAGUUCCCUUGGGGGUAAGAAUGGCUGCGCAACAUUGAAAGACAAGAAGCUGGAGGUCAACAACUGUGGGAGCAACCACAAGUGGGUUUGCCAGACAGAACCCUUCCAUCUCUUUUCAAAGACUGCAGGAGACAGAGAGCUGUAUGGUGCCCACCCCAAAAAGACCAGCCUGCAGGAUGCUUGCUGCUAAUAUCUGGGGUGAAGCCAACCCUCCUUGUUACAGCUCUGCGAGGAAUUUCAGGGUUUGAACCCGACCAAGCCCAUCUGAGACUAUCAGUGUAUGGACUUGUGA